AUGGUACUUAAGCCAACGAGAGGGAGAGAGUACUACAAGCUACUGCCAAUGGCAUAUAAAAAAGUAAGGUCAAUAAGACUGGACGGUAAAGUAAUCUGGGUAAAAAACAGACACGUAAGAUGCGGAAAGAUCACAAUAUUCAACGAGGAAGGAAACAAAGCAGAACUGGUGAUAAGCACGUACGACAAAUACUACAGAGAAGAUCGAGUGGGAGUAGAGCUUAGCAGAAUCAGAGAGGUUGAGGGAAGAAUAAAAUUCGAAGCUAAGUACAUGGGAUUCUUCGAAACAGUGGCCGAGGUUAACAGAGAAGUAAUAGAGGACUUUUACGUCAGAGUCAACUACAGGAAGGUGGAAGUGGACGUUGAGGACAACUUCGACAAACUCUACUUCGAACACAGAGCAGUAAGAGCGGAGCUGAGUCCGGAGGCAGAGGGAAACGAAGCCACUACGACGAGUUGCGAGUACGAAGUGUUCGAGCCGAACGACGAGGAGGUGUUUGUCAAAGUCAAGCACGACUCGAGGCUAAUAUGGAAGUCGCUGGUGGUGGGAGGAUACGAGUUUGGAACGAAAAGAGUGGAAAAAUUCAAAAUAACAAAAACAAAAAUUAACAAAGAAGUGAAGGAGAACAGUAGUGCAAGCAGUAGUGGAAAUGGUAAUGGUAUUACAAAUAGCAAUGCAAGUGGUAAUGGUAUUACAAAUAGCAAUGCAAGUGGUAAUGGUAAUGGUAAAGAAAAGGAAGGCGUGGAUGGUGACGAAGAGAGUGUAACCAGUGAAAGUGAUGGACAGAAAGCACAUGAAAAAGAAGAAGUGGAGAAGAAGGAGAUUUACUUGAUACGAAUAACAAUCAAAAACAAUUAUCAUCACCAUCUUGUGUAUAACAUCGAUGAACAAAAAUGGGAAAUGAUCUCGAAGGAGGAGUUUGAGAAGAUUAUCACACAAGGAAGUAUUACACAAGGAACUAAGGGCAAUGAGACGAAGAAGGAUGAGGAAUCAGCAGAUAUACAAGAGGAAGGAAGUAAAACUGGAGAAACCAAGGCUGAUGAGAAGGACGAAGAAACAAGUGCCAGAGAAACAAGCACUAAGGAUGACACGACCACAGUGGCAACAGGAACGCUGGACAUAGCGAGCGCAUUCGACAAAAAGUACUUCGACUUCAGGCUAGUCAAAGAGAGUAACCUGGAAGCGAACAGAUAUGAGCCGAGCGAGUCAGACAUACACACAGUGAAGGAAGGAAAGACAUUGGUGUACACAACAAUGCCGACCGAGAGAGAAGAUUCGAAUGACAGUGAAGAUGCAAGCAAGGUUAAAGCUGCAACAGCCACAGAUACGGAACCAGGCAAGGCUAAAGAUGGAACUAAGGCUACAGAUAUUAGUAAGGCAAAAGAUGCAACAACGAAUACAGAUGCAACAACGAAUACAGAUGCAACAACGAAUACAGAUGCAACAACUAGUGAUGACAAUAGAAAGGAAAAAGAGCCAGUAAAAUGCGAAGAUAAAAUAAUAUCAGUAACAGUGUACAUAAAGGAUCAGAAAGCAAUGAUGAUGGAAAUAGUGACAACACCAACAAAAAAACAAAUUAAUGAUGGUAAAUUAGUAGAUAAAGGUGAUGAUAAAUUAGUAUAUGGAAAUGACGGUAAAAAAACAGAUGGUGAGGAGGGAGAAAAAGUAGAUAAAGAGGAGGGAGAAAAAGUAAGGAGAUACUACGGGAUAGAUGGAGACAAGUGGGUUGAAAAGGAGGAAAAAGAAAUAAUAGAAAUGAUAAACACAGAGUUUAAAGAGUUAAAUGGAAAAGUGUUACACAGAGUACUAGGAGAACAAUACGUAAGAACAAGACCAAUUAAAAAAGUGGAAUCGAUCAUGGAUGGAAGAGAAUUGGUGUACCAGGAACUGCUGGAAGAUUGCGAAAUCGGAUGGGCAAAAGGACCAACAAUAGAGCUUAUGGAAAUACACUCGAGAGACUCAAACGUGUAUUUUGUGAAUACAAACGUAGAAAAUGAAAACGCGAAGAAAAAGUGGCACGAAACGUCGCAAGUCAGAUUCAUACAAAUAGUGGACAGGGCCAUAGGAACAAAAAAAGGAAAGUAUGUGACGAUCACAGGGAAGCAGGAGAGAGAGCUGGUGGAAAAGAUCCAGGAGCUGGAAAGCAAGAAGGACAAGUCGAGCUUUAGAGCCAGCAAAGGCAUAGCGCCUGCAAUCAUCAUUAUAAUAAUAACUUUAAUGUAA